AUGAAGCGAGAGGAUUUGAAGCCGGCCUCUGCGCAUCCAAAAAUUACCAAAAAAGUUUCUUACAAAAAUGUCUCGGACAGUUGCUUGGCCCAGUUCCAAGCAUGUGAGACCAAGGAGUUCUGGAACAUGGCAGUUCCAAGAGCGGCCAUCUCCGAAGCGGAUUUGGCUUCGUUCAUUCCUCUUCACCCACAGCUCCAGCAGGAAGUGGAGCAACCUGAGCCAGAAGAACGGCUCUUCAAUCACAUCGUCUCCGACAAUGUGCUCAUCCGGCCGAAGAAUCUGAGUGAGUCCGUGAGGCACUUCCUGAACCAGAAGCCCAAGGGCAAUUCCGAUGCCAUCCUGGCGCUGCGAGAGGUGCGUGAGCUCCAGGCAGGGGCUCCGAGCUCCCGGCGAAGCAAAGAGCCGGAGGUGAUUGAGCCCUGUGCCUGGAAGUUCUAUGACGGGCAAAUCGUGAAGAAAGUCCAGGCUGGACUCUUGAUCGACAUCAAGGCGAAGUCCUUGGGCCUUCUCCGUUGGAGGUGGGUUCGUGGAGUGCCCAAGACGCUUCAAAAAGUGGGAGGCUUCUUGGGAAAUCUCCAAGUGAGCAAGAUGGAUCAAAAGGACCAUCGCUUCAUUUUGAAGCUUCACACCAUCGGCUUCGAUCAUGACACGAUCGAAGAAACCAAGUACACCGACAUCUACAGCUGUGUGCAUUGCUGGUCGCAGUUGCCUGGGGCCCCUCCCUACUCCCGCCAAGCUCCACCCAAGGCCGAGGACUUUGCAGCUCCUGUGGCGAAACCGCCCUUGGCCCCUUUGAGCGGCCGCUUGGCCAAUGGAAAGCAUGGACCUCGCCAGACGCGGGCGCGGGGCGGUCGACGCAGCCGAGGAUGA